UUGUUCGUUGCCAAAUUCAAAAAUCUGAUCUGAAGGAGAUCCGACUCCGACCCAAAUUUUUAUUUUUGUAUUAGGUUGUCUACUAUGUCGAAGCAAUAGCAUUUAAAUGGCGGCUUCAUUUUUUUGAUUUCGGCACUUUUCCAAGGCCUAUUGUUAAAACUGUUGGAAAGUUCGCCAUGGUAAUCAGACUAUCUUACUCAUAGCUUAAACCAAAUGUUUUUCUUAUCAGCCUGCACUGAAUCUACAUGGUAAUUUUAUCACUUGCUAUUCAAGUUUGGAUCUGAAAUCAACUGUCUGGAAUUUACCUGCCAAGUAGUGCAUACAUUUUCAGAAUCGUUCAUCUUUUAAAAAUUGACUAAAUGGCGGAAGGUGAUGAUAGUGUGGCUCAUUUAGAGGGAGAUCUCAAAAGAUUUCUGGGCAUAACCAAAAAUGCCAACACGCCAAAAUCUUCAGAGUCUGUCCACAAGAAUCCUGACACAGUGCAUCAAGGAAGUUUGAACCAGCGUGCAGGAGCUGAUGGCUCUGAAGCCACUAAAGUUUCCCAAGGAAAAAAUCAAGAGUCAACCCCAAAAGGACGUAAAACUCCUCGAGUCAGGCACAGGAAAAGAAGUGAAGGUCUUUCAAGCUCUGCAAAUAUUGACGAUGCUGGAAAAGUAAGAGAAAAUGCUUCAGCAAGCACAGAAAAUGAUGGUGGACAAGAAAAGAAGAACCAUGCAUUAAACACCAAUUCUUCAAAGCAACAAAACCUCCCAAAACAGCCAACUACUAUCACAGGAUUCAUACGCGACCGUCGUUGGCACUUGGAUGACGAAUUAGCGAAAACUUCUCCCAGGAAAGGUACUAAAGUCUACAACCGGACCGCAAGCAACGAAGAGAUCCCUCACAAUUGGCGCCAACCUGCUCCUAAAAUUUACCAAGCGCCACGCAAAACCAUCAACCAAGUUUUGCGUCAAGAAAAUGGAACAGUUCCAGAGAAGCAAAGCUCUAGUCUUUCAGAAACUGUUUCUCACAACGUGAAAGAUCAAGCCCCAGUUGUUGACCAGAACCGCAAGGGACAAGGGGCCAAAGCAAGAUCCUUAGAAAAACUUCGCUCAAAGCAGGAAACUCAAAAGAAAGAACGUGUUGACUUGGCUCUUUUGUCAUCAGAAUAUGACGAAGUUCCGAAACACCUUCAAGAAUUGAAUUAUCCUACAGGAAUUGUUCCAUUGCCUCCAUCUGUUGUGAGCCAACGCUCAGUCGUUUUACUUGGAGAGAAAAAGAGUGUCGCUCAAGAAGUUGAUGCUCGUGCUGAUGGUAUACAAAUUCCUCAUGCCGCUGUUCAAGAUGAAGAAGAGAUUGUCCAAAUUGUAGUCUUGCCGACACUUCCCCAACAAAAACGUAAGAAACCGGCCAAAACUGAGAAGAAAGAUGAGCCUAAGAAAUCUGAUGAUGGAUCCAGCGAUAGUUCAUCUUCCUCAAGUGAAGAGGAACCAAAACCAAGACGGAAUGAAAUCCAGCAACCUCUUGUAUUCAAAAUUCGCAAAAACGAGCUUAAUCAAUUUCGUAAAAGGGGUGUUCUUCCACUGAAGCACAUCAGCCCGAAAUUUCCCAGAGCUGUUUUCCACUGUCGGCUUUGCAGUUUCCACAUCAGCAGCAUACCAGAAGUUUAUCGUCACACAAAAGACGAACGGCACGUUCGACUACAAAACCAAGAAAUGAGUCGCCAAACGGCUUCUCUGAUGCCUUCCCCACCACCUGAAAUCGUCGAAGUGGUUGGGCAAUUCAUCCAGGAUAUCUUUCAUUGUUCUUGUCUAUCAAAGGAGGAUUUGGAAAAACGUAGAGUUGCCACUGAAAACCUAAGAAAAAUGAUUGAAACUGCUUUCCCCGGCUUCAGCAUCCGACCAUAUGGUUCUGUGGUUACAGAGCUUGGGCUGCGAGCUUCUAAUUCCAACGUUGGAUUAGUUGAAAUUUCUCCCGACAUCAAGAAAGAUGGAUUGCUCAUCAUAAAGAUACUGUCUUGGUUGCAAGGUCCCGCCUCCAACACAUUCCGAUACAUCAGUGACGAUCUAAAUUGUCGAACACCCAUCAUCCACUUUCAUUACGAGCAAAUGGGCGUUACCUUUGCCAUGGUGGUGGAGAGCGAGGCCGCUCAUAAAACGACCGUUCUUUUACAACAGUACCGAAUGAUUGACCCACGUUUCGCCGUCUUAACGGUUGCGUUUCGCACAUUUGCUCGCAUCUGUUGCCUGGAUCAGCCGGAAUUGGGGUCAUUACCUUCGCAUGCUUUUACUCUAAUGGUUCUGUACUAUCUACAACAAGAUCAUGUUUUACCCGUUUUACACCAGCUGAAGAAAAGUGACGCUGAAGACGACUAUUUGACCGCUGCUGAAUUCUUUGAAAUGAAGGACAGGGGAGAGUGGAAACCCCGUGAAUUGACUCUCGGCCAACUUUGGCUGGGUCUGUUGAAAUUUUAUGCUUACACCUUCACUCAUAAUGAGCAUGCCGUCUGCGUUCGCUCUAUUGAACCGUUGCUGCGAUCGACGAAGAAUUGGGGCAAUCGACGUAUUGCUGUCGAGGAUCCUUUUCAUGGGAAUGUCAAUAUGGGGGCAUUCAUGGCGACUAUUCAAACCUUCGAGUUCUUUAUUGAAUGCAUCCGCAAUAUAUUUCACUAUUUUUGGAUCCCUCAAACUGCCGACGGACCCCUUUUCGUCCAUCUUGUACUGCCCGGCGAAGCCAAAAAUGAUGAUCCACUGCAAUGCACUCCGGCGGAAGCUGUCGCCCGAAUGGCCGCCCUAAAAAAGGAAGACGUCAAAUGGGAUUUCCAGCCGGAUAAAAUCCUUCGUUCCAAACGGUUGCCAGUUAUUUGCACCGUUUGCGGCGGCGACGGACACACGAAACUAAAGUGUACCGAGUUGGAAGUGCCAGAUGUCGGUUUCAUACCGCCACCCGACUUCAACUAUUUUGCGCUCCUGGACAAUGUGUGCUGGAAUAUUUUCCGCAACUUUGCGCAGAGGGAAGUGGAUACGAACAACAGACAAACCAUCCAAAAGGAGCUCGAAACGCAUAUUCGGACCGAGUACGCUGAUGCUGUUUUGUCAAUGUUUGGAUCAUCGUGCAACGGAUUUGGAUUCGCCGACAGCGACGUGGAUCUCUGUUUGACGUUCGAGUCCAACGAGGACGGCAAGGGCUUGGAUUUCGUUGCCAUCGUCAAGAAAUUGGCCAGAACCUUAAAGCGCAAUCGAUUCUUUUGCGACAUUGUUCCCAUAUCGUCGGCCAAGGUUCCUAUAGUGAAACUGCGUCACAGGCCCACUGGAUUGGAAUCGGAUAUUUCGUUGUAUAAUCAACUGGGUCGGCGUAAUUCGAAACUGCUCGCAACUUAUUGCGCAAUUGAUUCACGCGUUCGGAUCCUGGGAUACAUGGCGAAAUUACUAGCCAAGCAGUGCGAGAUCGGCGAUGCAUCCCGCGGAUCGCUCUCUUCUUACGCUUACACCUUAAUGGUCAUCCACUAUUUGCAACAAGUCAAACCGCCCGUUAUACCCGUACUCCAAGAGAUCAUGGUCGACGGUGUGGACCGGAAAAAGUACAUCGUCGAGGGGUGGGACACGUGGUUCUUUGAGAAUGCCCAAGAUUUGGGACGUGUAUGGCCACAUCACGGUGCCAAUCGCGAACCGCCCUCAACCUUGUGGCUGGGAUUCUUGCUCUAUUAUGCCAAGCUCUUCGAUUAUCGCUUGCAAGUUGUUUCCAUCCGACAGCUGCCACCGCUGUACCGUCUGGAAAAGAUGUGGACGGAUCGGCCUAUCGCGAUCGAAGACCCUUUUGACUUGAGUCACAAUCUGGGAUCGGGAGUAUCGCUUCGAAUGGGUGCUUACAUCCGUCGUGUUUUCGUGACUGCUCGUCGGUUUUUCCAGACUCCCGUUAGGGCACUGCCCCCUAACUUCUCGUCCUUGGAGGAAUACUUGUUCAACCCUAAAAUUCUGAUCUCCAACGGUCCACCACCUAACGACCGCGGAUGUUUAAUUUGCGGCAAAGUUGGACACAAGGCCAAGGAAUGCGAAAACCGGGGAAACCGAAACAGAGGCCAAGAUAAAAAUUCUCCCCAACAGCAGCCGAGAGAUAAUCCGCAGAAUCCGGCACAGGAAGUGCAUAACAGAAAUAUGGUUCAGCAACGUGACAGGGGAUUAGGGCCUGGUCAGCCGCUGCCGCAUCAGCAGCAGCAUCAGCAGCAGAUGAACCGAUACAGACCGCAGCAGGGAUUCCACCAGUUCAAUCGUGAUAGGCCUGGGCAACAGCAGCCACAGGUCAAUAGGUAUAGACCAGUUCGACCAAACAAUAGACCUGGGGUGCCCCUGAACAGCAACGGGGCAAGGAUCUAUACGGCUAGACGAGAAAUUCCAGAUCCCAAUCAGCAAUAAUUAAAGGCUAAUUAUAUGAUGAAAAUUGAAAAGACUUAAGAUUUUUAGAUGACGAUUAACGAUACGGAAAUAUUGUGUAGAUUUUGUUUCUUCUCCCCUUUUUUUGGUAAUUUUUAAGACUUUUUUUUAAACUGAUUUCUGAUUUGAAAUUUUGCUUGACAGCUGUCACUUAGCACACUGAAAAUUUUCUACCCAACGGAUUUCGAAAUUUUUGAUGUUGAUGAUUCGUGUUGAUUGUAAAUACUUUUUAAAUACAUUGGGUAUGACCAA